UGCUCAGUUGCCGACGGGUCUGCCGGUAAGACGGUCGGGUGGACGAAAUUAUCCUGACGGCAGUAACGUAACUGUAUCCUUCAUUUCCAAGUGGGAAUCUGUUUAGAAGUCCUCGAGUUCCAAAGAGAGUGUUUUUGGUGUAAAAUGCUGGAAUUCUUCUGAAUUUUAUUUUUGCGUGAAAGGAACAUAUUGUUUUUAUUUAAUAUUUUUUUUAUCUUCUUUUUGCGGAUUUGUCAACAAUGAAUGUUCCUUGUCCCAUGAGGAUACUUUUACUGUGUUUGAUAUCAUUAAUUCUACUUCCGGCUGUUCUUUCAAUUGACUGUACGAAGCCCACAUUUGUCCGAAGACUGUUCGUCCGGUUUCGGCCGGAUUCGCUCCCUUCCGUCAACGUGAUUCUCGUGCACGAGAGUCCCCCUUCGGACUGCUACGAAAGAUGCGUGAGCGAUAGAAAUUGCUCGGCCUACUUCGUGAACUAUCCGAAUAGUUCCUGUCUGCUGAUUCAGGAUUUCGGCAGAGAUCUUCAAGAGGCAGAGCUUGUCCGAGACGAGGACAGUAGCUAUCACAGAAAAGUGUGUUUGCCAAAUUCACAUUGUGAUCAUGAAUGGGCUUUCGACGAAGUCCAGGGCGUCCAGCUCUUCCACUAUCUGGACAAAACUGUGAAGGGGGUCAACUCCAGCGACUCUUGCAUGCUUUUGUGCCUGGCCGAAUCUACAUUCGUCUGUCGCUCGGCCAGGUACGACAGCUCCAAGUCCGAAUGCAUCCUGAGUCGACACGAUCGUCGAACAGCAUCCGAAGUUUUCCGACAAUCCCCGGAUCCGGAUUCGGUUCUAUAUCUAGAAAGGCAGUGUGUCGAAGAGCCACAGGGAUGCCAGUUCCGGAGUCGACAGUCGAGAGCUAUCAUGCGGCGGCAUCGGCACGUCCAGGUGAUAGGCAACAUCACCUCGCGUGAAGCUUGUGAGCUGGCUUGUCUGGAAUCUGUCCCUUUCCCCUGCCGCUCCUACCAGUUCGGUGGGCAAUCUCCCACCUGCCUUCUCAGUCCUGAGGACUCCAACUCUGAGCUGGGGACUCUGGAACCGACUAUGAAAACUCCCAAUGACGUCAUCGAUGACGAGGACGAUGGAACGUAUUUCGAAAAGGAAUCCUGUAUUGAUGUGGACAUUCAGUGUGGUCCGACGGCGAUGGACGUGAUCGUCCGUGUAUCCACCCCCUUCCGAGGCCGUGUAUAUGCCGCCGGUCAUCCCUACGAGUGCUACUCGGUGUCUGUCUCGGAGUCUGGGCGUGUCACCCUCUCCAUGCCCCUGCACGGGCGCCACUGCGGAACGCGGAAUCUGGGCAACGGAACUUUCGUCAACAGUGUCGUGGUGCAACACCACGCGUUUGUUUUGAGAACCUCGGACCGGAGAAUCGACGUCGCCUGCGACUACGAAGAGAUGAAGCUGAAAGUGAGAGGGGCCAAGAGUGUGAAGCAUGGGGAAAUGAAACCUUUGGCUCACACUGUAACGGCAGUGGCGCCUACCCCUCCUAUUCGCUUACGUGUCGUCAAUGCCACUGACCAAGAUGUUACCGGUGUGGAAUUGGGUGACCCGUUGUUCCUAAAAGUGGAGCUGGCAGAUGAAAGUGUUUAUGGCAUUUUUGGCAGCGAUCUUGUCGCUAAAGGUAGCAGCGGAACAGAAACCGUUCUUCUAAUUGACGAAAAUGGGUGCCCCGUGGAGCCGAGCGUAGUGCAAGCUCUGGACAGGCUACCAGGCUCCAAGUCCCUGAUGGCGCCUUUCCAAGCCUUCAAAUUUGCUUCGGAUGCAGCAGUCCAGUUCCAGAUGACCGUCUCCUACUGCCUCGACAAUUGUCCGCCGGCCGAAUGUGACGUUCCCCGGUCCACUCACACCAAGUCCUUCGGCAAGAAGAAACGCCGCAGGAGGUCCACGUCCCAAUUCACUGACCUGCUGCCCGGAGACGUCAUCAGUGACGUCACCAUGGAGAGUCCCAUGUUCCUCGUGACCAACCUCAAGCCCACGCUCGACACGGAGCAGCCCAGCCGAUGGGAACAUCAACUUCACUCCAAAGACCACUCCGAGGGACACAUCCACGUGAAAGCCCAUAGCCAAGGUCUGUGCAUCAGCCUCACGACCCUGUACAUUAUCGGCGCCAUCAUCGGGGCCGUGCAAGUAAUAAUCGUCUGCGUGUGUGCCUCGCUAUUCUUCUGCAGAACCGAACACGACAUUCGAACGAAAACUGGCACUUCCACCAAAAGCUGGCCGUCUGUCUCCAGCAGACGAAAACUCGUCUGUAGUCACUCUUAACAACUUAAUAGUUGGGCACCUUCUCCCCCCCCCCUUCCACCCCCCUCCCAGGGGUGAAGAGGAAAAUUUGACUCGAAAGUCGUUAGCUCAAAAAUGUAUGUUUUGUUACUAUUUUUUGUGCGUGUAUUUGUUCGUAAUGUCAUUUCGGAAACUUUCUUACUGUACUAAUUUUUUUUUUUUCUUUCCUCUUAUAAAAUGAUUUUCGAUGACGAUAUGAAACAGUUCAAAUAACAUACCGUUAGAUACAGUUACAGUUUAAAUUCUUUUCCUUCUCUUUUUUUAUGAUAUGUGAUUACGUUUUAACAUUUUAUUUUUUAUUCUUUAUAAAAUUGUUUGGAAAUGUGCCUAGAGCGAUCAUACUCCAAUACACAAGAAUUUGAGUCUGAUUUCUCUAUUAUAUAUUAUAUUUCUAUUUUAUCAUUUUACUGCUUUCGAUUUUAAUCAAAAUAUUAUUCAUUUCUGGUCUAUUUUAACUAAAUUGCAACAACACUAAAUUCUUUCAAUUGAAUGUUAACCCUUUGCUCUCGGAAAAGUAAUUGGAUGCUUUAUUAUUCACUUCAUACAAAGAUUAAUUUAUUGCUCUGAA